GAGGCCAAUCCUCACUCACAACUACCCAGGGAGCUCUCACAUGCUUUGUAAAGAGCAUCCCCAGGAGCUCUGCCCAGAGAGAUAUGCCUCCAAACUGUGGCAGUACCGUGGCUGUGGCCACCUUGCGCAGCUGAGAGCGAAGGGCUGAAGGGUGAGGUCAGGCUGCCCACUGUGACAUCAGCAAGGAUGUCACAAUGCAGGGGAUGGUUUUAGGGCCGUCAGCAGGCAGUGCUGCUUCACUUUGGCCUGGGCCAUAGAUCAUGGCUUUGGUGUUGGUUCUCGCCUUGUUGGUGAGGGCGCUAAUUGUCAGUGGCAGUGACCAUGCGGUCAUGCUCGAGCGCGUGCAGCAGCACGAGAAAGAGCAGAGGAACGGGGAGCAGAGCUGGGUGGACAUGCCGGCUCUGCUCUUUACUCUGCUGCAUUACUGGAAGAUCUGGUUGUGUACGGGACUGUUUGUCUUCCUCUUUUGGAAUAUGUGGCGGUCCCUAAAAAGGAAGCAGCAUGAGGAAGGGGGACAGCAGGAACAGCAAGAACGGGAGGAACAGGUGGAAGAGGUGGAACCUGAGGAACAGCAGGAGCAAGUGGAACAGGAGGAACAGCUGGAACGGGUGGAAGAGCUGGAACGGGUGGAUCAGGUGGAACAUGUGGAACAGGAGGAACGGGAGGAUCAGGGGGAACAGGUGCAGCAGGAGGAACAGGUGGAAGAGGUAGAACGGGAGGACGAGGAGGAUGAAUACUUCUAUCAUUCAGCACUGACCAGAUACAUUGCACGGCGUGCCUGGGAAAAGAUGCAAGGAAGGGCCACCAAGUGCGUGCUGGUGGAGGAGCUGAUGAGAGACCUCCUGCAGACCUUCACAUUUGUCUGUCCAAACAGCUUCUACCCGGUGCUGCAGCCUGCCAUUGGGGUGGGCAGUGCCUUUGAAGGCUGGAGUCCCUGUGAGGAGGACAUUGUGUACCACCUGCUCGUGCCCAUUAAGGCCCCCCAUGGGCACGUCUUCCACCCGGAGCUGGGUGAGGAAGGGGACAUGCUGGCAAGGAACUCCCGCAUCCGUGUGGAGCUGGUGUGCAUGUGCACAAGGGAGCAGCAGCUGGGGGACGUGCUGUGCUUCCUCCACCACUCUCAGGAGGAGCUGAGCCAAAAUCAGCAGCCCAGCCUCCUACAGACGCUCUGCACCGGCUCCUACCUGGAUGUGCAGAAAACUGCCGCCUGGUUCAACAAGCAGGUACCAAGAAUCUGGAGGCUCACCCACCGGGCACACCGUUACGGCCUAAAGGUGCUGCCCUCCAGCCGCUCCUGCAAGCUCCAGGUGACAGACACCUCCAGCGGGGAAAAAGUCCAUGUUGAGCUGCUGUUCGGGGUGCAGCAAGGCAACCUGGACAUCUUCCUGAGCAGCCAGAACGCAGAGGCCGUCUUUACGCCCAGCACAACAUGGCCGCAGAGCUGCGCUGUGGCGGAAAGGAAGUACUUCGAGUACGUGGCCAGGACCGCUGGACCCAACAGCUGCCACCUCGUCUGCCUGAGGCUCUUUGCUCACAUCCUGGUGGGCAUGGGCUUUUCCAGCUACACCAUCAAGACUCUUCUCCUCCACCUCCUAGCCAUCAUCCCUUUGGAGGACUGGCGCAGGAGGCAUUUCCUGAGCCGGCUGGAGAAUCUCCUGCAGUACCUGCAAUACUGCCUGAACGACAAACUCCUGAACCACUUCCUCCUUGGCAACGCGACCAUGCCUGACGAGGUUGUCCUGCCACAGGCCUUCCAAACAGCCAGCCCGCUCAACCUCUUUCAGCACCUGGAGCAGGACCCGGACGCCCACUCCCGGGCGCUGCGUGACUUCAAGGAGCUGAAAGAUCGCCUCUUCAGACUGCUGCUGUUUGGACGCUGAAAGAGGCCUUUGUCAGAACCCUCCUUUCUUGGGCUCAAAGCUCACAUGCUGUGAGCAAUAAGACUCUGAGCUAUCUAGGAGGCCAGAGGUGGGUGUUGCCGUGUGGCAGUCAGCAUCAGGUUGUGGGCAGUUUACAUCCAAAAGGAUUUCUUUGGAGAGAGUUUGCCGGCUAAAGAUCUGGGCUGAGACCAAACGACUCCAGCUUGGUACAGGAGAUUUGGGAAUAGUACCAUUGUAUCCAGUGAAGGCAAGACGCAAGUGGGCACCUCCCUGCUCCCUCUUAUCUGCUGGCAAGGCCCAGAAGAUGGGAACAAAAGGAGUUCCUGCUAUGGUCCCAAAAGGAAGAAGCUGUCACUCCAAAGACAGCCAACUCGGCCACUCUGGACUUACAUUAAUAAGGCUGUCCUGUCCUUGGAAAAAGUCAUCCUUGUCGUCGUCAAGCCAACAACAACCUCCGACGACCCAUCUCUACUGAAGCUCAGCAUCUGAACUACGAGCUAUGCUGGAAACCCGGUGGUGACUCAUUCUCUCUUGCUUUCUACAGAGACUCUUUGCUUUUAUUUCCAAUCUCUCUUCUAUCGCCCGACUUCCCUUGCCCAUCUCCCUAAACAACUAGGAUUUGUAAUAAAGUGGUCGGGCUAACAUUUCACCUGUUGUGUCUUAAUCUCGCCGUCGGGUGUACAUCCAUGAAGGGAACCUCCUCUCCCUCCUACAAAUUGGAGCAACACAGCCUUCACGCACAGAGCUCUGCCUGCCUGCCGGGAGCAGCGCACGCGGCAGCCGUUCCCUGCUACCACACCGUGAGGAGCCGGACCCCGUGCAGCCGGAGAGGCCUCUGCACAGACGCUUCCAACACAGCCUCCUGUCAGCAGCUGGGCAGGGACCGCCCGGCCUCUCAGAGAGCAUCCCUUUGUUCCGGGAGCUUCGGCCUCUGCACAAAUGCCAAGAAAUGCCUUGCUCAGCUCAGCGCUGCUCGAGUGUGACCUGUGCAAGGAGGGACUGCAGUGUCAGUUGCACAGUGCCGUGGCGAGACGGCUUCAGAACACUGCCAUGACGGGAGAGUCCACCGUCCUCUGGGGCAGUGAGAUGGAGUGCGCCGUCACCCUCCCUUUCAGAAGAUGCUCUCUGACGUUCAAACCGCCUCGUGUGUCCUUUGAGGAAGGCGGAAUGCCAUCCUAUUUUACCAGAACCUCUGUCAGCUGGGCUAGGCGUACGAGUUCCGAGGAAAAUCACAGAAUUCCUCACAAAAAAACCUUGCACGCCGGCUUCCCUCCUUCCCGCUCUUGAGACCCCAACCCCUCCACGCCUUCCCUGCCCUGGCGGUUACGCUGACGUCACGACGGUGAGUCCGGCCGCCCUCCUGGCCCCGCCCACUCUGCCUCAGCGCCGCCUCUCCUCAGCGGCCCCGCGCUGCCCGCUCGGGCUGCCCGGCGCCUCCUCUCCGUCCCGCCUUCUGACUUGGCCGCGUUGGCCGGGGCUCGGCCCGUCAGGGAGACGUCCGGCUGCCAGUGCGGGGAGACGGGGUAGCCAGAAAGCUUAGGAUCCUACGAUCACUCAGGCUGCAAAGAGAACUGAGAUCCCCAAGCCCAAGCCCACCCCACCGUGCC